AUGGCCAUCUCCUCGCGUCUCGCGCUCUGGGAGCAGAAGGAAAGUAUACGGGACGAGGACCGGGGGCCUCCCCCAUCUGCACCUCCUCUGCUCCUGUCUGUCAUCCCCGGGGGGUUCAUCAAGCAGCUCGUGAGGGAGACUGAGCAGGAGGCCAAGGCUGCAAGACAGAGGAAGGAGAGCAAGGCGAGCACAAAGGAGGAGCCUGUGGGGAAGGACAACGAGGCCAGAGCUGGUGACACCCCAGCUGGCAGAGGAGGAGGAGUCAGCAAGGGGCCACUGCAGAACGGGCUGAAGGUAGAGGGACAGGGGGACAAGGGGGUCACAGCCCCCCCAAGCAAGGAACUGCCCCCUGAGAAGGCUGCACCAGGGACCAUCCCCAGCAAAACCCCAGCUCCUGCACCCAGCCCAGCAGUGCCUGCCCCCAAACCAGCAGAGACAUCCCCCAAAACAGUGGAGACCCCUUCCAAACCGGUCGAGACAGCCACAAAAACAGUGAAAACACCUCCAAAGCCAGCAGAGUCAUCCCCCAAACCAGUGGAGACCACCCCCAAAACAGUGAAGACGUUCCCCAAACCAGCAAAAACUUCCCCCAAACCAGCAGAGACCACCCCUAAACCAGUGGAGAAGUCCCCCAAACCAGCAGAGACCACCCUCAAACCAGCAGAGACCACCCUCAAACCAGCAGAAACCUCUUGCCUGGAGGGUCCCAAGGUGGCAAAACCAGUGUGCCUUGAGAAGGGCCCCAAAGACUCCCACCUUGGGGGCAGCCCCACAGCUCCAGUCCCUGCACCCAGCAAGGGUCCUCAGCAAGGCAGCAAAGUCCUGGUAAAGGAGGGGAACGUGCCCAAGGGAACAGGCCCUGAGAGCAACAAGAAGAAGGAGACACCCCCAAGGCACGAAGAGUCCCCAGCCAAGGCAAGAGUCCAAAGGGAGCUGGCACCAGCCAGGAAAGAGCCAGAGAAGAUGAAGAAAGAUGUUGGAGAUGGCAAGAAGGAGCCAAGGGAAUUCAGAAAGCCUGGAAAAUCCACAAACAGAUCAGAGGGGCUCAAGGCAGAGCUGGGAGGGGCCCAGGAGAAGUCCAAAGAUGUGACAAAGGAGAUGGGGAAGGUGAAGGAAGAGCUGGGAAAGCCUAAAGAGAUGCUGAGGGAGAGCAAAGGGAUGGACAAGAGCCCAGACAAGGACCAGAGUAAAGAAACACUGGGAACGAGCAAAGAGAAGAGCAAGAGCAUGGACAAGGACCAGGGCAAAGAAACACCAGGAGAGUGCAAAGAGAUGAGUGUGAGCACAGACAAGGACCAGGGUAAAUCAGCAUCAGAUGAGAGCACAGAGAAGGAUGAGGCUCCGAGGGAUGUUUGGUACGAAGCAGAGAAGGUCUGGCUCAUCCAGCAGGAUGGAUUCACACUUGCCACACAGCUGAAGCCAGACGUGGGGACCCCCGAGCUGCCAGCGGGGAGGGUGAGGGUGCGCCGGGAGGAGGAUGGCACCAUCACCGAGGUGGAUGAGGACAGCGUGCAGAGGACCAACCCCCCCAGCUUGGAUCAGGCAGAGGAUCUGGCUGCUCUCAUCAGCCUCAACGAGUGCAGUGCCAUGCACACGCGGCGGCAGAGGUACCGCGCCCGCCUGCCCUGCACCUACGCCGGGCACAGCCUGGUGGCUAUCGCGGGCGCCGGCGGCUCGGGGAAGGCUCCCAAGGGGAAGCAGGACAGCAUGCCCCCACACAUCUGCUCACUGGCACACAGAGCCUACAGGAACCUGCUGAUGCAGCGGCAGGACCAGGCCAUCAUCCCCCUGGGGCGCAGAGGGGCCGGGAGGACCAGUUGCUGCCAGAGUGCUCUGGAGUAUCUGGUGGGCACAGCAGGCAGCGUGGAUGGCAGGGUCUCAGUGGAGAAGAUCCAGGCGAUGUACACGGUGCUGGGAGCCUUUGGGGCAGUGACCACCAGACACAGCAGCAGCUCCACACGCUUCUCCAUGGUCCUGUCACUGGAUUUCAGUGCCACUGGCCAGAUCACUGCUGCUCACCUCCAGACCUUGCUGCUGGAGAGAGCCCGUGUCACCCAGCAGCCUGAUGGAGAGAGCAACUUCAACAUCUUCCCCCUGAUGCUGGCAGGGCUGGAUGUGGCAGACAGGACGAUGCUGCACCUGCACCAGGUGGCUGAGAGCAAUUCCUUUGGGAUCAAGCCAUUCACAAAGCCUGAGGAGAAGCAGAGAGCCUCAGCAGCCUUUGCCCAGCUCCGAGCUGCCAUGGGCACUCUGGGAAUCACCACGGAGGAGCAGGUGGCUGUCUGGCGCAUCCUGGCAGGAAUUUACCACCUAGGAGUUGCUGGUGCCUGCAAAGUGGGCAGGAAGCAGUUCAUGAAGUUUGAGAGUGCGAGUCGUGCGGCUGAAGUGUUGGGCUGUGACCUGGAGGAGUUCACCACUGCUGUCUUCAAGCACCACCUGAAGCAGAUCCUGGCACAGGUGACAGCACGGGGCCACCGGCCAACCCUGGCAGAGGAGAGCCCAGCAGGGCCAAAGCUGACGGGUGUGGAGUGUGUGGAGGGCAUGGCCUCUGGGCUCUACGAGGAGCUCUUUGCCGCAGUCGUCUCACUGAUCAACAGGUCCUUCUCCUCCCAGCACCUCUCCAUGGCCUCCAUCUCUGUGGUGGACACCCCUGGCUUUCACAACCCGCGGCACCAGAGGGCUGAGCGAGCGGCCACCUUCGAAGAGCUCUGCCACAACUACGUGCAGGAGAGGCUGCAGGCUCUGUUCUAUGAGAAAACCUUCGUUUUGGAGUUGGAGAGGUACAGAGAGGAAAAUGUUGAGGUGUCUUUUGAUCUUCCAGAGCGCUCUCCGCUGGCCACACUGUCUGUCAUCGACCUGAGCUGCUCCCAGGUCCUGCCUGGCAGCCCUGGGGCUGAUCGCCGGGGGCUGCUGUGGAUCCUGGACGAGGAGGUGCUGAUCCCAGGCUCAGGGGACAGCACUGUCUUCAGCCGUCUCUGCUCCUACUUUGCCACGAAGGGACCCAGCCAGGAUGGGGACAGCCCCCUGCGCAGGUGUGAGCAGGCACUGCACUUUGAGAUCUCCCACCAGCUGGGCAUGGACCCUGUGCGCUACGACCUGACGGGCUGGGUCAGCAAAGCCAAGUUCAACCUCUCAGCCCAGAAUGCCAUCCAGGUGCUGCAGCACUCCACAGUAGCGGCGGUGCGGGAGCUGGUGCUGCCGCGGGCGCGGGCACCGCUGCCCUGCCGAGCCGUGGCAGGGCUGGAGGGACAUUCCCAGGCCGCUCUGCACCGCAACAACUGCCUGAGAAAGACCUUUGCCAGCAGCUUUGCAGCUGUGAGGAAGAGGUCGGUGUGUGCUCAGGUCAAGCUGCAGGCGGAUGCCCUCACCAACCUCCUCCGACGUUCCCAGCUGCACUUUGUCCACUGCCUCCUCCCAGGAAUGGGGUCAGAGGGGCCAGGCCCUCAUCCCCCUGCACCACCUGACACAGCCCCACAGCUGGACGUGGUGGCCUUGAGGACACAGCUGGAGGGGACACAUCUCCUGGAUGCCCUGCGCCUCCACCGCGUCGGGUAUGCAGAUCGCCUGCUCCUCACCCAGUUCCGGAGGCGUUUCCAGGUCCUGGCUCCGGAGGUGAUGAAGAAAUACACCUCUGCCUACGAGGUGCCAAACGAGAGCAAGGCUAUAGAGGAGCUGUUCCAGGCACUGGAUCUGGAGAAGAAGAGUGUAGCCAUAGGUCGCAGCCAGGUGUUCCUAAAGCCAGGAGUCAUCUCCAGACUGGAGAAGCAGCGUGACAGGCUGAUAGCCCAGAAGAUGACCCUGCUCCAGGCUGCUUGCAAGGGCUUCCUCAGCCGCCAGAAGUUCAAGAGGUUGAAGAUCCAGCGCCUCGCCAUCCGCUGCAUCCAGAAGAACCUGGUGGUUUUCCAGGCAGUCAGGCACUGGCCCUGGUGGCAGCUGCUGAGCCACGUGCGGCCCCUGCUCAGCGUUAACCUCUCGGAUGAGCAGCUCCGUGCAAAAGAAGAGGAGCUGGCGGCGCUGAGAAGGAAGCUGGAAAAAUCUGAGCAGGCAUGCAGUGAGCUCAGGCAGACUACGGAGAGGUUGGAGAGCAAGAUCAUCGACCUGACGACAGAGCUGUCAGAUGAGCGGUACAAGGGUGAUGUUACCUGCCAGGCCCUGGAUGGGGAGAGGGCAGAGAGGCUACGUGGGGCCAGGGAGCUGCAGGAGCUGCAGAGCAAACACGACCAAGUGCAAAAGAAGUUGGAGUCAGUGGAAAAGCAGCUGGAAGAGGCUCAGCAGCUGGUGCAGCUGCGUGAGAUGAAGAUAAGUGGCUCUGGAGGAGAGGAUGAGUGGCAGGUGAGGUUUGACUGUGCACAGACAGAGAUUGUCUUCCUGAGGAAGAGGCUGGUGCAGCUGGAGGAGCGGCUGGAGUCUGAGCUGGGUGCCAGGACAGAGCUCGAGCAAAAG